AUGGACAUUAGAAGACUCAACAGAGAAGUGAUACUCAAAGAGUCUUCAAUAAAAAUUUUGACGUAUGCGGACGAUUUUGUUCCUAUGGAAGAAUUGCCAAAUGCAUUGGGUUUACUAUUCAACCGAUUACAAAUAAUGGCAUCGAAGGAAGGAUUACAGACGAAUAAAAGCAAAACGAAAUACAUAGUAUUGGGAAAACAGAAAACUGCUGACAUUUAUAUGUACCUCUAA